AGACAAGAUGAAACUGUGGAUAAUUCUUUCACUUUCAUUUGUGAUUGUUUUUGCGGACUCUGAGGACUUUUAUAAGCCUUGUCUCAUAUUCAAGUCGGAGCAGGAGUGUUUAAAAAUUAUAAACAGUGAGAUUCCAGAAUUUGGUGCGUCUGAGUCAGCUAGUGCCGCGGCAGUAGCAGACACACCAGGCAGUGGUGCUUCUGCGGCCGCUUCUGGUUCCGGAAGUGCGACGGCUUCUGCCGCCGCAGCAACUGCAUCAAAUGCAGUUGGAUCUUCAGUUCUUGCUUCCGAUCCUGUGAGUUUGACGGCUCCCGUUGGCGCGGCUGUUGCAGCUUCAAGUCAAGGCGAAUUUCCAGAAAGUUCAGCGGGUGUCUCAGUUGCUGUUGCGGCGCCGCCGAGUGUUGCUGCGGCUCCUGGACAAGUUGUAGUUGGUGCGUCAGCAACUCGUAAUGGCCCCACUAAAGUAACGAAAGCUGCUGCGGCAGCGUCUUCAGUCGCCACAUCAGGCGGGGGUGUGGCUGCUUCCGCCUCUGCUGCAGUCGCAGAAAGCUCAUCCAAACCUGCAUUUGCUAUAAAUCCUUUAACUGGAGAGACAAAAAUUUACAUAAUUCCCGGAUUUUCCAGCGAAUCAAGUGGCUCACCCAGUAUCAGCAGUAGUACGAGUUCGAACAAUGAUGCCAUCUCCAAGACCGUUACUAGUGUACACCCCGAUGGAUCCGCCACUGCCACGGCUUCAGCCUCCGCUUCGGCAUCGGCCACAACAUCUGUCCAAAACCCUCCUCCAAAUGUCAUCGUUAAUCGUCAUGUUUACAAUAAUGUCGAUCCUUGUCUUCUUGUUCACCCCGCCUUUGCUAGGGAUUGCUACAGAUCACUGUACGGACCCGUAGUUCACCCACCGCCGCCACCGCCUCCCCGCUUUUACCCUGCAGUCAUGUACAGAAGAGGACCCGGACCGUACGUCUACUAUCCUCAGGUGCAGGAAUCCACUUUCUAUUUUCCAUGAGGGCACUAAAUGUAGCAUACAUUUUCAAUGAAAGCAGCAAUUCAAGAUGAGGUGCUACAGCCAGCCAGUUGGAGUCAAUGUCAAUAACAUACUGUGUUAUGUGAUAUACCUUUACUGCAACUAUUGACAAUCAUGAUAUGUUGUUUAAUGAAUUUCUAAA